AUGGUAAAUGUAUCUACGUUAGAACUAUUUACAAAAGUAAAGGAAUGCUUUUUACAAGAAUUGGAAAUAAAUGUAGAAGAAUGGGAAAUAAACAAAAUACACCGUAUUGGAAACAUACAAAAAAGUGGAAAACAGAGGCCUGUACUCCUUUCUUUUGUAAGCGGAUGGAAAAAGAGGGAAAUGAUGGAAAACAAAAAGAAACUAAAGAAUAUAUAUAUUGCAGAAGACUACUCCAAGGAAACACUAGAAAAAAGAAAGGCACUACAACCUCAGCUUAUAGAGGAAAGGAAAAAAGGAAAUUUAGCCAUCAUUAAAUAUGAUAAAUUAAUUGUUAAAAGAAACACUAUAAAGGAGAAGAGGAAAAGGCAGACACCUACCCCUCCUGAAACGGAUGCACAACCGAGGAAACAAAAGACAUUAAACACUUUACGACUGGUCCUCGUGGGGGGAAAAGACCACAACCCUCCAACAACACAAGAUAAGAAUAGCAAAAACAAGCGUCGAAAACCAAAAGUUCCAAAACUUUAUAUAGCAGCCCUUAAUGUACUCACAUUGAAAAACGAGGAAAAUCUGGUAGAACUCGGCCUGAGUGAAGUAAGGCGAACGGGAGAAAGAAUUAUUUCUUACCCAGAUUUCCUCUUAUAUUAUAUAGGAACGACUCCAGGUCACCAUGGUGUUGGAUUUAUCAUCAAAAGACACCUACUAAAUUACGUGGAGAGCUUCAUUGGAAUAUCAGAACGCAUAGCUUUGAUUAAUCUUAAGCUACCGGGAUACGAAGAUCCAUGGUCCAUUAUACAAGUAUACUCGCCUACAGAACAAUACGAUUCAGGAUCAAUAGAUUCAUUCUACCUAGAACUAAAUAAAACAAUCCAAAACCAUACUUACAAGAAUUUUAUUUUAAUGGGAGACUUCAACGGCCAAAUUGGAGUUCAACAACUAGAAGAAAACACAGUUCUAGGACCUUUUGUAUAUCGAAAAAAGACCAGAAGUAAAAACGGAGAAAAGCUUAUAUAUUUUGCUCAGGAAAAUUGUUUGAAAGCUUUAAACACAAUGUUCAAAAAGAAAAAAAAGAAAAUGUGGACCUGGAUAUCGCCAGACGGAAAAACAAAAAAUGAAAUAGAUUUCAUAAUGACAAAUAAAAGCAGAUACUUUUCAAAUAUUACAGUAAUAAGUAAUUUUAACUUCAAUACCAACCAUCGGAUGAUUCGAGCAGAGCUAAUGACAAUCCCGCCAAAGAACCCAAGACCUAGAAAUAAUACAAUAAAUAGAAAACCUAAUAAAUACCAAACAGCCCAAAUAGGCAAUUAUAUAAUAUCAAAACUUACAAAUUAUGAACAAGACACAACAAAUAUGAAGUUGCAAGAAAAAUAUAACUGGUUAGAAAGAACAAUCAAAACAUCUAUUCAGCAAGUGACUUGUAGCAAAGACCUAUCUAACAAGUGGAUGACUACAAACACUAUGAACCUUCUGAAUCAAAGAGCUGACUUAAUCAAGGGAAAGAAUACUAACGAUAGUCGAGAGCAAAUAGCAAAAUUGAGCAAAGAAAUAAAAACAAGAAUAAGAAAAGACAGAAUACAGAGUAGAAUGGAAACAAUUGAAAGGCAUAUUUUACAGACAAGUGGAAUAAAAAAGGCAUAUAAAGAGUUAACAAACAAAAAGGACUGGAUCAUACAGAUGAAACAUAACAAUGGAUUAAAGGAGAAGCGAAGGCAAGGAAUAUUAGGAAUCGCUACAUCAUACUACAAGGAACUAUAUCAAAGUACUGCAGAGGUAAAAGGAAUAGAACUGUUGGACGUCUCACCUGUACCCAGUAUCAUGCAAGAAGAAAUAGAAUUUGCUUUGGAAACCCAAAAAAAUGAUAAAGCUCCUAGACCUGACGGAAUAAGCAACGAAAUAUUAAAACAAGCGAUGAGUACGAUAUCGGAAAUUAUCGGCCCAUAA